AUGGUCCUCCACAACCCCAACAACUGGCAUUGGGUCAACAAGGAUGCUGCGCCGUGGGCCAAGCAGUGGUUCGAGGAGAACCUGACCAAGCUGAGCGCCGAGCAGGGCGACGUCAACGCGCGCAUCUCCAAGGUCAUCAGCUCCGAGGGCGACGUCGACGUCAGCCAGCGCAAGGGCAAGGUCAUUACGAUUUACGACGUGAAGCUCGUGCUGGAAUACACGGGCGCCGCGCCGGGCGAAGACGACGUCAGCGGCUCCAUCACGAUUCCCGAGGUCGCCCACGACACCGAAGAGGACGAGUUUGUCUUUGAGAUUGACAUCUACUCGGACAGCAAGGGCAAGCAGCCCGUCAAAGACCUGGUCCGCAGCCAGCUGGUGCCGCAGCUGCGCACGACGCUGAUCAAGCUGGCCGGCGCUCUGGUGGCCGAGCACGGCAAGGACAUCCAGCACGCCCCCGGCGCCAACCCGUCGAGCGGCUUCACCACCCCCAAGUACCACCCGCCCACCGGCGCCGGCGCCGCCAAGGCAUCAGCGGAUGCGUCGUCGUCGGUCUCCCAAACGACGGGCGGCCAGACCAUCAACACCACCACGGUCACGGACCAGGAAGAGUUCCGCACCACGGCCGACCAGCUCUACCAGACGUUUACGGACCCGCAGCGCAUCGCCGCCUUCACGCGCGCCCCGCCGCGCCUGUUUGAGGGCGCCAAGGUCGGCGGCAAGUUUGAGCUGUUUGACGGCAACGUCGCCGGCGCCUACGUCGAGCUCAAGGAGCCCACGCACAUCGUGCAGAGCUGGCGCCUCAAGCAGUGGCCGGCCGGCCACUACUCGACGCUCCGCAUCGACUUUGACCAGAACGACGUCGACAGCGUGACCGUCAUGCGCGUCGAGUGGAGUGGCGUGCCCGUGGGCCAGGAGGAGGUGACGAAGCGCAACUGGAGCGAGUACUAUGUGCGCAGCAUCAAGCUGACCUUUGGCUUCGGCACGAUCCUGUAA